AUGUACUUCUUCCUCCUCAACCUCUCCAUCCUUGACCUGGGUACCAUCUCCACCACUGUCCCAAAAUCCAUGGACAAUUACCUGAGGAACACCAGGGUGAUCUCUUACAGAGGAUGUGUUCUCCAGCUGUUCUUUUUCGUAUUCCUAACUGAGGCAGAGUUUUCUCUCCUCACCACCAUGUCCUACGAUCGCUACGUUGCCAUCUUCAGACCCCUGCAUUAUGAUACCCUCCUGGGCAGCAGAGUUUGUGUCCACCUGGCAGCAGCUGCCUGGGCCUGUGGGGCUCUCACUGCUCUGCUGCACACAGCCAAUACAUUUUCCCUGCCCCUCUGCCAGGGUAAUGCUGUGGACCAGUUCUUCCGUGAAAUUCCCCAGAUCCUCAAACUCUCCUGCUCCACAUCCUACCUCAGGGAAGUUGGACUCAUUGUGGUCAGUGCCUUUUUUGUAUUUAUCUGUUUUGUGUUCAUUGUGGUAUCCUAUGUGCAAAUCUUCAGGGCUGUGCUGAGCAUCCCCUCUCAGCAGGGACGCCACAAAGCCUUUGCCACCUGCCUCCCUCAGCUGGCUGUCGUCUCCCUCUUUGUCACCACUGGCAUCUUUGCCUACCUGAAGCCCCCCUCCAUCUCUGCCCCAUCCUUGGAUCUGGUGGUGUCAGUUCUGUACUCAGUGGUGCCUCCAGCCAUGAACCCUCUCAUCUACAGCCUGAGGAACCAGGAGCUGAAGGCUACCCUGAACAAACUGAUCCCUGGAUGGUUUCAGAAGUAA